AUUUCCGGAAGCUUGCGCAUUUCCGGAAGCCUGUGCAUGUACAGUGGGCUUCACAGGGGUGUGUGCCUCUUGCAGCUGCACAUUCAGCCCACGGUCCAGAGCAGCCAGUGACCUGGGAUAUUUAGCAGGGAGUUAUGAUCUGGCCUCUGUUUUCUCCACGAGGAUCAGCCCUGAGGCCAACUGGGACAGACAACUACACAGCACACAGAGGGCACUGGCAGUGUGGGCCACCGCAGUUCGAGGGUUCUGUUCCAAGCAGGAUUGCUGCCCAAACACAGCAGGCCGGGAGAGGCUGCGAUCAACUCACAACCCUGAGAAAACAAACUCGAUUGUGAGUGCAUUGUGGAAGCUGUGAUGUCUGUGGCCCAUGGGGACAAAGUUAAGUCACUGUCUCAACGUGAAGACAAAUGAAGGGGCCCUCUUCAGGUAAGAGAAUUAAACUCCUCCAUCCAGAGAGGAAAAGAAUGACUUUCCAGGCUGAGAGGAAAAGGAUUUCGCUGUAAUCCAGUCAGCAACAGCAGCAAAUUUAAGGGGGGAAAUGUGUCAAGUGCAGGAAAGGGGUCAGAAAAACAAACUCAGCAUUCAUUGCCCCUCAGGCGCCCUUCAGGGAGAGCAGACAGGCCUGGAGGAACGGGCUCACAGUCCACUGCCCUUUGCUACGAAUCCCAGACAGCCCUGCCAUCACUGGUUGGGCUUCCCAUGCACCUUCACAGUCAGGAGGAGCUGCCCGGGGUACCGAGCUGAGGAUUUCUGUCUCGGGACAAGCAGCCUCCCUGGGGAAAAUCAUUGCUGUCAUGUGGCUUCCAGGAGAGGCCCCCGUGACUUCAGAUGACUGCUGUGCCUCUGAGUUCAGUUUGCCUGAAAAAUCUUCCAAACGCAGCUCUAGUGCCACUUCCUCCAGGAAGCCCACCAGCCGGCCCCCAUCACUCCUGGACCCCUGCCUAAGAAUAUUUAUGCCUUACACACUACAAUAUGGAGAAAUAACUAAUACAAAAACAAAAUGUCCGAGUCCACUCCAAACAUAGGAGGGAGAAUCAAGGCGGAAAGAUACAGUGGUCUUAACUUGUGCUUGAAAGAUUUUACUUUUAGGUGGCGGGCGGUGGUUCACGACUGUAAUCCUAGCAUUUUGGGAGGCCGAAGCAGGCGGAUCAUCUGAGGUCAGGAGUUCGAGACCAGCCUGGCCAAUAUGGAGAAACCCUGUCUCUACUAAAAAUACAAAAAUUAGCCGGGCGUGGUGACAUGCACCUUUCAUCCCAGCUUUUCGGGAGGCUGAGGCAGGAGAAUCGCUUGAACCCAGGAGGCAGAGGUUGCAGUGAGCCAAGACCCCGCCUUUGCACUCCAGCCUAGGCAACAAGGGCAAAACUCUAUCUCAAAAAGACAAAAAAAUUUUUACUUUUGCCGGGCGUGGUGGCCCAUGCCUGUGAUCCCAGCACUCUGGGAGGCCGAGGCGGGAGGCUCACUGCAGCUCAGAAGUUCAAGGCUGCAGUGAGCUGUAUCAUGCCACUGCUCGCCAGCCUGCCCCACAAACAUUUUUUCCUUCACUUUUGCAUAUUUUACAAAGCACACACCCACGUGAGCGCAUUGCCAGCCCUCUUGCCCCCCAGGACAAAGUGGAGACCCUGUCAGCGAGGAGGCUGCCGCUUAAGUCCCUGGGGUUCUCCAGAGAAGGAGAAGGCUCUGCAGGGCCAUGCGACCUGGACGGAAGAACUUUCAAAGUAAUUCAACAAAAUAGAAACUUGUCGAAUUACAUCGCAGACAGCGCGUGCGGAGCAAAUGUGUGUCCAAGGAAUAUUCGUUGGGCACAAGAGGAAUUCCCGGUCAGCUACCAGGACCGUGGGUGCCCUGAGGCCGAGUCACGCUCCCCCGGGAUAAAGAGGGUGGGGAGCGCACAGAGGCAAGGAGGAGGCGGGGUGGGGGGGGUGCAGAAUAAGGAACUGAGGUAAAAACGCCCAGUAGUGGGCUCCCCUCCGAGCAGCACCCCGAGAGGGCCGGGGGGAGCUGAGGGGAUGCGAGCAGAGGCUGCCAGGUCCGCCCCCAGCAGGCCCCGCCUUUCGCUGCUCGCCACCGCCCCCGUGAAAAAAACCAAACCGGUAACCUCUACCCGGCCGCCUCCCAUUGGAUAUGUGAGUGAGCGAUGUCCGCCAGGACCAAUGAGCCGCAGCCACGGCGUGGCGAGCGCCUUCCGGCCCGCCCCCGUGCGGCCGCCCAGCGGACCACCGGACUGGCCUGGGGCGGGACGUGGGCGCGGCGUGCGGCGUGCGGCACGCGGCGGGGCUGAAGCGGCGGCGGCGGUGAGGACUGCACGUAUCCCGGCGCGCGGUAUGGCUCUCCUGGUGCUCGGUCUGGUGAGCUGUGCCUUCUUUCUGGCAGUGAAUGGUCUGUAUUCCUCUAGUGACGAUGUGAUCGAAUUAACUCCAUCAAAUUUCAACCGAGAAGUUAUUCAGAGUGAUAGCGUGUGGCUUGUAGAAUUCUAUGCUCCAUGGUGUGGUCACUGUCAAAGAUUAACACCAGAAUGGAAGAAAGCAGCAACUGCAUUAAAAGAUGUUGUCAAAGUUGGUGCAGUUGAUGCAGAUAAGCAUCAUUCCCUUGGAGGUCAGUAUGGUGUUCAGGGAUUUCCUACCAUUAAGAUUUUUGGAUCCAACAAAAACAGACCAGAAGAUUACCAAGGUGGCAGAACUGGUGAAGCCAUCGUAGAUGCUGCGCUCAGUGCUCUGCGCCAGCUCGUGAAGGAUCGCCUCGGGGGACAGAGCGGAGGAUACAGUUCUGGAAAACAAGGCAGAAGUGAUAGUUCAAGUAAGAAAGAUGUGAUUGAGCUGACAGACGACAGCUUUGAUAAGAAUGUUCUGGACAGUGAAGAUGUUUGGAUGGUUGAGUUCUAUGCUCCUUGGUGUGGACACUGCAAAAACCUAGAGCCAGAGUGGGCUGCCGCAGCUUCAGAAGUAAAAGAGCAGACGAAAGGAAAAGUGAAACUGGCAGCUGUGGAUGCUACAGUCAAUCAGGUUCUAGCCUCCCGAUACGGGAUUAGAGGAUUUCCUACAAUCAAGAUAUUUCAGAAAGGCGAGUCUCCUGUGGAUUAUGACGGUGGGCGGACAAGAUCCGACAUAGUGUCCCGGGCCCUUGAUUUGUUUUCUGAUAACGCCCCACCUCCUGAACUGCUUGAGAUUAUCAAUGAGGACAUUGCCAAGAGGACGUGUGAGGAACACCAGCUCUGUGUUGUGGCUGUGCUGCCCCAUAUCCUUGAUACUGGAGCUGCAGGCAGAAAUUCUUAUCUGGAAGUUCUUCUGAAGUUGGCAGACAAAUACAAAAAGAAAAUGUGGGGGUGGCUAUGGACAGAAGCUGGAUCCCAGUCCGAACUUGAGACCGCGUUGGGGAUUGGAGGGUUUGGGUACCCCGCCAUGGCCGCCAUCAAUGCACGCAAGAUGAAAUUUGCUCUGCUAAAAGGCUCCUUCAGUGAGCAAGGCAUCAACGAAUUUCUCAGGGAGCUCUCUUUUGGGCGUGGCUCCACAGCACCUGUAGGAGGCGGGGCUUUCCCUGCCAUCGUUGAGAGAGAGCCUUGGGACGGCAGGGAUGGCGAGCUUCCCGUGGAGGAUGACAUUGACCUCAGCGAUGUGGAGCUUGAUGACUUAGGGAAGGAUGAGUUGUGAGAGCCACAACAGAGGCUUCAGACCAUUGUCUUUUCUUGGGAGCCAGUGGAUUUUCCCAGCAGUGAAGGGACAUUCUCUACAAUCAGAUGACUCUACCAGUGGCCUUUUAACCAAGAAGUAGUACUUGAUUGGUCAUUUGAAAACACUGCAACAGUGAACUUUUGCAUCUCAAGAAAACAUUGAAAAAUUCUAUGAAUUGUUCUAGCUGGUGAAUUGAAUCGUAUUCUGUCACAUAAUAUUUUGAAGAAAACUUGGCUGUCAAAACAUUUUUGGACUGCUGCUUGAAUGUUCUUGGAGGCUGUUUCUUAUGUAUGGGUUUUUCUAAUGUGAUUCCUUCAUUUGAAUAUUAAUGGCUUUUUCCAUUAAAGAAUAAAAUAUUUUGGACAAUGCCGAUAAAUGUAUGAAAUUAGUAUCCACAUCAUAAAUUCAGAGUGAUGUUUAGCGGUAAAUCAGUGUUUUGAAGUGAUACACAGAUGUCUUUCCUCCCCAUAAACUUUUUUAAACAAAAAACAGGACCUCUUUUCUUCAGAUGGUGCCAUCUGUGCCCACCACAACAGAGAUUUUACAUGGAAACUGGGCUCAGUGAGAACUGAUUUCCUGCCCAAUAUUAGUCUUUGGGCUGUCUCUAGUGGCUAAUUAUUAAGGAUUCUAGCUGGUUAUACAGUUCAAGGCUUUCUAUGUUGUCAUGAACCUCAAAAUAGCCAUUAAGACAUGAAAUACAGCAGCAGGUUACCAAUGCGAACAGGUAGUUCACAUUUAUGUAAAACAUUCAGAAAAUGAAGUUUUGAAUUUGUUAGAACAUUCGAAGGACUUGAGAGCAUUUUAUUGUAACUUAAAAAAAUAAAUACAACUGUCACUAA